GGUGUUAGGUUCUCCCAUAAUCCCCGGCGUUCUUCCUUUCGGACCUGGUCCCCGGCAGGAUGGCUCCCGCAAAGAAAGGUGGAGAGAAAAAGAAGGGACGUUCUGCAAUCAACGAGGUGGUGACCAGAGAAUAUACCAUCAACAUUCACAAGCGGAUCCAUGGAGUAGGCUUCAAAAAGCGAGCUCCCCGGGCUCUAAAGGAAAUCCGCAAAUUUGCCAUGAAAGAAAUGGGAACUCCUGAUGUGCGCAUUGACACUAGACUCAACAAAGCUGUUUGGGCCAAAGGAAUAAGGAAUGUCCCGUACCGUAUCCGAGUGCGUUUGUCCAGGAAACGCAAUGAAGAUGAAGACUCACCAAACAAGCUGUAUACUUUGGUUACUUAUGUGCCUGUCACUACUUUCAAAAGCUUACAGACAGUCAAUGUGGAUGAAAACUAAAUUGAACUUCAUAUAAAUAAAGUUUUAAAAUAUCAAAAAAAAAAAAAAGAAA